AUGUUGCAGUCGCGCAUUCCGAUACGCCGAAUAACAAUCUACACUCUGGCUGUCACCUUGUUCUAUUUAUCUUGCCAGAUACCAUUCUGGGUGCCACAAAUAUACGGCAUCGUGUGCAUGGUGUUUGGUUAUAAGAUCAAUCCAAGUUACAUCACUUUAACGUACUAUUCUCACUUGUUACCGUUCGUGUCUGCUGCAUUCAACUGGAUCUUCUACGCUCGUCUCAAUAGUCAGUUCAAGAAAGGUCUUGUACUUGUUACUGAACGAAUGAUACGAAAACGAACCAAAUCGCUUCAAAAUAACAGCCUACGAGACCGCGACAUCGACGACGUAGCACUGGUCCUAAUGUCAAAGACUGAUGAUGUGGUGCUUGUGUGUCCAAGUUGUGAGGAACCAAAGCUGGCCUGCGAUAUUUGGUGUGAGCAAAUAUAA